AUGAAUGGUUCACAUCAAGUACUUGAACUGGAGCCGACGACGUCUGAGAUUAUUGAAAUGUUCUAUCAAAUCUCGUUCUUCCUCAUCGGAACACCAAUAAAUGUCUACGCUUUCUUCAGGACAACAAGGAAUAUACGCGAAGGUGGUGUAGAGUCACGGCUUGUCAAAUUAAGUCGUCAACUGCUUAUUGCACAUAUUAUGGUGCUCUUCACUUAUGGUGUAUGGCGUAGCUACUGGUUCUAUAAUAUUGUUUGGGUACAAGGAAAUCUAAUGUGCAAAAUUUUCUCGUUUUUCUGCGCACUGCCAUUCCACUUAUGGUCAAAUUUGGUUGCCGCCAUUGCUGUCGACAUGCUCUGUUGUAUAACAUCUCCCCUGAACAGCUAUCGAACAGCAGCAAAUCGAGUGGAUUGGUUGAUAGCGCUCGCUUGGAUAUGUGCAAUACUCUGCGCACUGCCAAUGGCAUUCAUUCGGGGAACUAUAACCAUAUAUUCAUUCGAGGACGAAUCAUACGAACAAUGCUAUCCAUUAGUGAACAGCUACAGCCGAGAGGUGCUGGUUGCGUUCAAUUUCUUCCAUGUAAUAACGACUUUCUAUGUUCCAUUAGCGAUUGUUGUCGUCUGUUACUCGUUAAUUGGCCUAUCGCUUCGAAAACAAAUGGCUGAAAGGAAAUUACUACAGGAUGGCGGCAAGAAAAAGAAGCAGUCAAGCACAAAAGCACGUUUUUUGCGCGCAUCAUUAGCUGUCAUUUGUACAUUUUUCUUUACAUGGCUACCAUAUCAAGUAUUAGCUUUGUUGCGUGUUGUCUGCGAUGAGAACGCAGUAUGUGAGAGUAUAACUAGUCGCAUCAACUGGUUACAGGCGAUUAUUAUAGCCAGCACUUGUAUCAAUCCGUUCCUCUACCGAUUUGGUGUUGAUCGCAAACGAUGCUCAUACAACUGCAGCACAAUGGAGAGCGGAAUGGGCAGAGCUUCAGUAAGGGAGAUGGAGAGAUCACCGCAUAGCGAGCUGUUAAUCAAACCUUCGUCGUCGCGACGCAAUAGUCGAGUAAAAAAUGAAACGGUGUAG